CUGCUGGUAACUAUAGAAACAAGCCAAGAAGCUAGACCGCUAGUUAGCAACAUACUCCAGCAACCUUUAUCUCAUAUACCCUCAGAACAAAACAUAACGUUAAAAUGUCUAUCCCGAAAAUGCUUUAACGGCGUAUAGCUAUAACAUAAUAAACUGUAUUCGAUACUAGUGAAGUUUGUUGUUUACAUCGCAUGUAAGUGACUUGUUAGCCUGCUACUGUAUCUCAUGCAACGGAUUUCUCGCUGCUGUGUUGUUAUCCAUGAUGGGAAAAUAUGUGGAAGAGGUCUCUGUGUCUCUCGUACGGGAAUAUCUCAGUAGAAAGGGCCUGAAGAGAACCAUCUCUUGCAUGGAUGAAGAGCUUCCACGAACUGAUUCAAGCAUCAAUAACAGAUCAGACCUGCGCAGAAUACUUCACCUUGAAGGCCUCUACAAAAAGAAUAAGACUGAAGAACAUCCCUUGAAGUCAAUGUUGGAGAUUAUUGUGAAGGAGAGAUUAAAUGAGGGAGACAAAGCCAGAGCACAUCACCAUAGUGACAGCCAACCACAUCCAUCAGAUCAAACUCCAUCCAGAGCUACCUUAGACGUGUCUGACAAUGUUAAGCAAGAUGAACGUAUUUUGGAAGGACUGCAUUAUGACAUACCAAGGUUAUCUGAAAUCAGCAGUCUGUCUCAGGUCACUGGACUUUAUCGAACACCACCUGAUAAAACCAAACAGAUGAGCAAAACCCUUCCCAGUUUCGCUGUUCCCCUUGAGGGGAGCGAUAAGUGCAUGUUUUCUUUGUCUUCUAGCCAGGAUAGUCUCACAACUGAGAUUAAAGAGGAAUUGAACUCGGAGAAAAAGGUUCCAGAUCCCGAAAGCCAGAAGAACAGAGGCAACAGAAUGAGACGAGGCAUUAUGGCAGGUCCAAUAGCCAGCUCCUCACAGGAAAGUAACAGAAGACGUCCAUCCCGAAAGGCAUCUGGGUCUUCAUCUUUUAGAACAACAACUGAGGAUUGUAAAGACACAACAGGCUGGACUAAUGGUUUCAAUACAACACAUAUAAAGUCUAAUCCUUCAGCCUCUCCUGAAGGGGAAGGCAGCAUGUUUUCUCAUUUAAAUAAUGGAGUCUUGGGUAGUAAUGGGCUUGAGAAAAUUCCAGGAGUCAAACCUCAGCAUCGCCUGAAGAAUUCACCACCCAAUCCAAAAGUGGAUGAACUCCAUAUGUUGGAAAUGGUUUUAGAUGAUGUCGAGAAUGAGGGGAGCUUAUGUGAUGUUUCUACAGCAUCUGGAGCAAAACUUAAGUUGCACAGGACUUCCAUGGACCAGAUUACCGCUACCGCUCUGAAGAAGAUCCUUUUCGGUUCUCCUAUUGCUUGUUUCACCGAGGAGUGGAAACAACAGAAUUUUACCUUUUCAGAUACUCUUGGUUUAAAAUAUGGAAUUAUACAAAAGAAGGGAGGACCCUGUGGGAUACUUGCAGCAGUUCAGGCCUUUGUUUUACAGAAGCUCCUGUUUGAAGAACCAAGCAGUGACUCACAGUACGAGAUAUUGGAGGUAUCAAACACUGAAAGGACCAAAUGUCUAUAUCUAGCCUUGGCUGACAUACUAUGGAGAGCCGGAGAUAUGAAGAGGGCCACUGUAGCAGUAAACACAGGAAGAAAUCUAUUCACCCCAAUUGGGCGCUACAAAUCAGAUGGUGUUGUAGAAAAGAUAACAUGUGUCACUGUUGACACCUUGGAUGAUCUCACAUCUGUUCUUAAGCAGCAUGUUAGACAGUUUGAGACGGGUCCCUUUGGCUGUAUCCUACUCACCAUCUCUGUCAUUCUCUCCAGAACUAUUGCGGUUGUACAAAGUGACAUGGAUGUGCCAACCUCCACUCUCAUUGGUGCUCAUGGAUACUGCACACAGGAAUUGGUGAAUCUUUUACUUUGUGGACGGGCAGUUUCAAACGUCUUUGAUGAUGAAAUGAAGCUUGAUUCUGGAAAUGGAAAUCUUACACUUCUAAAGGGAAUUAAAGCACGUUGUAACAUCGGGCUUUUGUCUUUAUUUGAGCACUAUAAUAUAUGUAAGGUUGGGUCUCACCUGAAAACUCCCAAGUUUCCAAUUUGGGUUAUAUGCAGCGAAAGCCAUUUCAGUGUCCUCUUCUCUCUCUCCGAAGAGCUGGCAGCUGACCGCUGGAAAAAGAAAGAGUUUGAUUUGUAUUAUUAUGAUGGGCUGGCCAACCAGCAGGAACCAAUUAGACUGACAAUCUAUCCAGAUGCCGCUGCUCAGAAUGACAAUGCGGACAAUGAUCUCAUUCCUCCGUUGGAGCUCUGCAUCAGGACCAAAUGGCAAAAUGCAUUGGUCAGCUGGAAUGAUACUGAUCCCAUUCUCUAAUAAUGUGCUGUGUGACACCAGUGUGAUUUUAUUACAGUAGCUAAACAAACAUGCAUUAUGUUUUAUAAUUAAACGAUUUUGGUAUUUA